CCCCCCACUCACACUCUCAGUCACUCACCGCAGCAAGGAGAACAGCAGUGUGUGUGUGUGUGCUGGUGUGUGUGGAGAAAACGUGUACAUGAGGAUCCCUCGUUUGUCGUUUGUGAAGAUGACAGGCCACUGUUUGGAAUCGCGGCUUUGGGAAAAAAGCAGCUGGGUUUUGUCAGCAAAAACAAGCAAACUGGAGAUCUGAGCCCAAACUUCAGAGCUUCACCAGCCAGUGAAGGACCUUUCGCAUUCCUGUCACAGCGAAGUCCGCUGCAUGAUUGACCUGCUGCCAUGGACACAGACUCCUCCCUCAAUGUGACCGACGCCCCAUUUCAGCAUCAAGUCCAAAAUGACUCAUGCGACUAUCUUUCGCCCACCGUCUCCCAGUACCAGAGGAGACUGGUGCCUAUUUUUUACACCUUCAUAUUCCUGCUGGGGUUCUUUGGCAACAUGCUCGUUAUCUGCGUGUUCUGCCAGAGUUCAUCACGGCGGACUGUGGCCAACACAUAUCUGGUGAACCUGGCAGCGUCAGACUUGCUGUUCCUCAGCAGCCUGCCCUUCUGGGCCGUGUACUACUCCAUGGGCUACGACUGGGUCUUCGGGAGGCUGGCGUGCAAGCUUUGCGGUGCCUUGCUGACGAUAAAUGUCUAUGCUAGUGUCUUUUUCAUCACUUGCAUGAGUGUGGACCGCUACCGUGCCAUUGUGUACCCACUGAGCACCCGGAGUGUCUGCCACGCUCGGACCAUUAGCGUCGUCAUCUGGCUGGUGGCUGUCCUGUCCACUGUCCCCACACUAGCAUUCCGAGACAUACACCCAUUGAGCCAACUGAAUGUAACGGCCUGCGUCAUGAUCUAUCCUAACAGCCUUUGGCACCCCAUGCUAACCCUAGCUAAGAACACACUAGGGUUCCUAAUGCCCUUUGUCGUGAUGGCCACCUGCUACAGCCGCAUCGGCCGCCACCUACUGACCACACCCGACCACCUUGAGCAGGCUCAGAACAGGAUAGACCGUGUUUUGCGAUUGGUCAUCGCCGUGGUCUUGGCCUUCUUCUUGUGUUGGUGCACCUUCCAUGUGUUGACCUUCCUGGGGGCUCUGAGAGACCUGGGGGUGAACUUUAGCUGCAGAACAGACCUGGCGGUGGGAGCAUUGUUGCCCAUCUCGCUCUGUUUGGGCUUUUCCAACUCGGCCAUCAACCCCUUCCUCUACUGCUUCGUAGGGAAUCACUUCAGAGAGCAGCUCUGUCGACUCUACGAUGAGAAAGCACCCAGGCUCUCGCAAAAGCGAGACUCCAUCAGCACACGCCUCAGCUCUUUCUCACGCAAACUCAGUGAUGUCAAAGACUCUGGAACUAUAGAGAACUUGUCUCAGAAUGGUGCCCCCUAACUUUACUGGGACAAGAGGCAGAUCUGCCAAUCAUUCACACAAACACAAAUAUUUUAUUGAUGUAAACCCUCAUUUGACUCAGAUCUGAAAGGUACCUUGGCCAGAUGACAUUUAAAGCACUGUUAUGCUACUUCAGUAACCAAAGCAAAGUUGCUAUAUGAACCCUCAGAGACUCUAGGGAUGCAUUUCAAAAUGAUACAUUUCCCUCAAACUACUGCAUGAAGUAAUGAACUUUGCAUUCUGUGCUUCCUGUCUUCACUUCUCCGAUUCUUCUGCUUAACUGGCAACAACCUGUGGAAGCAACUUUGUGGACUCUAUGAGGACUCUACAACUCUAUGAGGAAAAAUCAAAGGCUUAUACAAUGGCAGGACACCAUCAGCACACGCCUCAGCUCCUUUCAAACUAAAUCAGUGAUAUUAAAGACUAUAUACAGGGGUUGGACAAUGAAACUGAAACACCUGGUUUUAGGCCACAAUAAUUUAUUGUCCUGACGGACAGUUCUGGUGGAAACAGGAGAGUUGAGGUGCACCUUGAAUUCUGUCGUGAUUUGAGCAGCCGUGGUUUUAUAUUUUUUGGAUAUAAUCCAGGUUAGCACCCGAACAUCCCUUUCAGACAGCUUCCUCCUACAGCGUCCACAGUUAAUCCUGUUGGAUGUGGUUUGUCCUUCUUGGUGGUAUGCUGACAUUAACCUGGAUACCGUGGCUCUCGAUACAUCACAAAGACUUGCUGUCUUGGUCACAGAUGCGCCAGCAAGACGUGCACCAACAAUUUGUCCUCUUUUGAACUCUGGUAUGUCGCCCAUAAUGUUUUGUGCAUUGCAAUAUUUUGAGCAGAACUGUGCUGCUAAACCUUCACACUCUGCUCUUACUGGUGCAAUGUGCAAUUAAUGAAGAUUGGCCACCAGGCUGCUCCAAUUUAGCCAUGUACUGGUCUUUCAGUUUCAUUGUCCAACCCCUGCAGAGAAAAUUUAAAGCAUCAGAACAGUGAGCUCUAGUGGUACAGAGGCCAAACUGCAAGUGUGUGCAACUUUACUGGGACAAGAGAGACAUAUCUGCCAGUCAUUCACAUAUCACCUUUAAUGCACAUAUAAAGUACCUCCCAGUGCCUUGUAAUAGCACAUGAUGUACAUUGUUUAAAAUUCAUGAGUUGUGCACAUAAGAACAACUGGCAUUCACUAUUACACUUACUACGGAAUCUUAAUCUAAGGGGCCAAUGUCUAUAUUUUUCUUGUUAUAAUUCACCCUGAGACCCUGUUGUGAACUAAAUUCAUUCAGUUCAUGAAGUGCAAGUAUUACCAUCACCAUGUUUCAACAGGCUUGUUUUUGAAUGUGCCGUUAUUUGCGGCUGAUGUUUGCACAAAUACAAUGGUGGUUGAAAGUUUGUAAACCCUUUAGAACUUUCUAUCUAUAAUUUCUGCAUAAAUAUGACCUAAAAAUCAUCAGAGUUUCACACACAAGUCCUAACAAUAGAUAAAGAGAUACCAGUUAAACAAAUACAAAGAAAUAUUAUAGACUUGGUCAUUUAUUUAUUGAGGAAAAUAAUUAAGUAUUACAUAUUUGUGAGUGGCAUACUUGUGAUGUGUGAAUGUUAGAUGUGUCAAUGUUUCUUUGAAGGUGAUCUGAUGAUGUUUUAGGUCAUUUUCAUGUAGAAAUAUUAACUAAAUUCUAAAGGGUUCACAAACUUUCAAGCACCACUGUAAGCUCUGCUCUGAUUGGCCGCUCUGUGUUAUUGGAUGCCAUUUAAAAAAGCAGUUCAAACUCAAAAUAAUCUUUAUAAUAAAAUUUCUAGCAUUAACUGCCGUUGGCUGAUGCAUGUAAAUUUGAUUGUAUUUUAUUGUAAUAUCACAAAAACAGUGGUAAAGGUAACCGAAUUAAAAAGUUUUGAAAGUUUU